AUGAAAAUGCGCAACUCGGUUUCUAUUUCUAUCUUUCGCAUUUUCAACGUCUUUGUGAUCGGUUGUUGUUGGGUCGCGGAUGCCUAAUGGUCGAUAGCUGAACGCUAUGCUGAAUGGAGCACGGUUCGGUUAAAUGCCCGAUAAAACACCACAUAAGCUGAUUGGUCGCACAAAGAAAAAUCCUUCGCUAAAAGUUGUAUAACAAAAAAAGAAGCGAUUUGUGUGCGUGAAAACAAAAUGCGCCAAAGGCACGGUGCGUAAAAACAAAUACAAUAUGUGAAUUAGGUGAAGAACACCGAUAAAAGUGGAAAGCAGAAGAAACACGGAAAUCACAGAAAACUUCCAAAACAACAAUAACAACUCAGUAGUCCUCCUUUGAACUCACACCGACAUGCGUGACGUAAUUUGUGUAUUAAUUCUAAAACAAAAUUCGAGGAAAAGUGAGCAGCAAGAGCGUGCAAUUGUUUGUCCCUUUCGACUCCCUGUUGAUGAAAUAAAAAAAUAAUAAUUCAUAAAAGCGUUCGAAAAUGUAAACGGGAAGCGCACGUUUGAAGCACAAACAAAAAAAAAAAAAAUACGAAAUAAAAUACGAUAUCAAAUCGUGUCGGUGUGUGUAAAUAAAGUGUAUUUAAAUGUAAAACAUAACAAUAAAACAAAACAAAAACUGCGAGUUCGAGAUAUUCUGCCAACUUGAAGAGCGACAAACUUGAAAACGACAGCGGCAACUGAAUACGCUUUGCAACAAUGCUGCACAAUAAUCGCGACAUUGCAGAGCCAAACACAACAACAGCAGCAGCAACAGCUACCCUAUCCACAACAACAAUAGCAAGAACAGAAGGCAAUGGAACGGAGCCAACAAUUGCCACGCACCUUGCAACAACAUCUGCUGCAGCAGCAGAAACAUCAGCUGGCGUAGAGGAAACAAGUACAACAGCUGAGGGUCAAACGGCGACGGCCAGAACAACAACAACAACACCAGCUGUGGCAGAGCGAACGGAUUUAGCACAAACAGCUGAUGCGGCUGCUGCGCCGAGCGGUGAUGCGACUGCUGCUGCAACAGAUGCCACCGCAUUCGAUGCACAGAUGCGAACGCAGCAACGACAUAAGAUCAAGAUAUACCACGAUGCCAAGCAGACGGCCGUGUGGCGCACCGAUUCGCUGGCCUCCAAUCCCAGCUCGACCAUGUGCCCGGAUUUCGUCAGUUCGGGAUCUGGUAGCGGUGCUGGCGGUGGAGUCUCUGGACCCCUGGGCCUGCCCCCUAGGGGCAUCAUCCUGUCGACGGCGCCCAGUCUCCUGCAGCGAAAAUCAUCGGACAGCUCGCUCACCUCGUCCAUUGCGCGACGCGUCUCGUUUCCGGAUAACCAACUGGUCACCGGUUACCUGGAGCCGGCCAAUCCUUGGAAGCAAGUAUACCUUGUAAAGAGCUGCUCCGAGAUUGUCGAUCAGUAUCAGCAGUCGUGUAAAAAGCAUAACACCGAGCCAUUAGAGAGUGUAGUGGAUCAUCUAAAGGCCCUGGAUCUGAACCAAGUGCGGCAGCCUUUACUUCCCCUUAAAGCGAAAAAGCUAACCGCCAACGAUUGCGAAGCCCUCGAGGAGAUUUUCAAACGGAUACAAUACAAAUGCAUCGAUCUGUCCGAUUGCACGCUGGACGAGAGCUGCUUGAUGGCCCUCUUCCAAAUGAUCGAAUACUAUGAAGCUGCCAAUGAGCUGGACAUUUCCUACAACAAGGAGGAGAUGACGAAGCGCUGCUGGGAACUCUGUGCUUACAUGGUGGAGCGCAGCCAAGAGCUGCAGCUGCUCAACGCGGAGAGCAAUCAGAUAACAAAGUUGGGUGCCGACAGUCUUGGGCGGGCCCUCGGUUCCUCCAACCUGCACACAUUAAAGCUGGAGCACUGCGGCCUCAGGGGACAGCCACUCGUUCAUUUAUUGUCGUUUGCAGGCCGAGGUCUCUAUCAAAACAAAAUGCUCAAGGAGCUUUGGGUGGGCUACAACGACUUGGACUGUGUAGAUGCCCAGCACAUAGCAGACAUGCUGCGCUACAACCAUAGCUUGGAGCUAAUCGACAUUAGCAAUAACAACAUUAGAAACGAGGGUGUCAUGUACCUGGUACAAGCCCUAAUUCUCCAGUCCACCGAGCUGGAGCGACGAAUGGGUGCAUUAAAGCGCACCCGUGCCAUUGAAGUGGAUGAGUGCGUGUCACCUGUGGAAACAGAGGCCCCGGAAAUCAUCCCCACAUCCACUACCUCGGCCAUCAAUCAAACAAAAGACGUCGUCGAUGGCGAGUCUUCUGCGCACGAAGCCUCGAUUUCCGAAACUACGGCGGAGGAGGAGACAUCUACCGAUCCAGCGGUAGGUGUCCUUGUGGACUUGGAGAAUGAUAACGACGACGAAAACACGGAGGACACUGUCCGCACUGUCAGAAACUGCAACCAAAACGGAAGCGGCCAGUCGAUGCUGGACAAGCUGCUCUCCAUGAAUAGCGAAAGCAGCAGCGAAGAGGCGCCCUCAAACAUAUCCACCGACACCCUUGCGGCCUGCUGUUCCGAGGACAUCAGCGAAAUCAGCAACGAGAUUUAUGAACCCAACACCGUCAAGCAGCCGCCGCCAGAAGGCGAAAUCGCUCCGGCCAUGAUCUCAUCCAGCCCGAUGGAGUCAGAAUCGGUAGCUGUUGCAAGUGCAACUGUGGAGCCGCUGUCUGCAGCGUACCAGCAACAGCAAUGUUCUCAAAACGAACGCAACUUAUGUGAUAUUACUCCCUCAACAGAGGCUAAAACCGUUGAACCCAAUGAAUCCUGUGUACAGAACAACAUCAUAAACAACAAUAAUAAUAACAAUGCUAACAAUUCCCACAACAAUACCAAUAACAAUACAAUUCAAUUGCCAUCGGGAGCAGGAGCAUCAGCAACCCUUUCAGUCGUACCACCGCCACUGGAUAUCGAAAACAUUCCUAGUGGUUCCUCGCCGGCGGCUAUUUUUGAAGUCACAGCCGAGGAAAGUGACUGUAUUAAUGGCAGUGCUGUGGCGGGGGCUGCUGGAUCUCGCCCACUGGAUGUAAACAAAAAUGCCAAGGCUGGUGACGACUUUGAGGACACGCACAGCACGGACUCGGCGUUUGAGAGCGCAUCUGAAGGCGACAUAAGUCGCCAUCUGCCCGACGAGUUUAGCCGCCUUUCGGUGUUACUGGAGAGCACGCGGCUGGAUGACAUGACAAAAGAGAUGUGUGGCAUAGAGACGGCUACCAUUGCCACGGAGUCCACCGAGUGCCUUCUUGCCGCCCAGGAGGCAGCGACGCUCACACCUACGCCUGUUGUUCCUGCGCUGGACAAACUUGAAGAUGCAUUCCCGCCCCCAAAAGUAACCAUCGCCGAGGAGUGCCUCCUGAAGGAUAAAGAACUGAGCCCUAGUUCCUACCCAUCUCUCAGUCCUGCGCCAACGCCCCCACCACCGUCCACGUCGCCGGGAGGAGCAAGCCUUGGCUUAAGACGCACAGAGUCCAGUUGUGCAUAUCUUAAUCAGUCCAGUCGCAACCGAUCGCAGAGCUCCGACAGCCUGUGCAGUGAGACUUCGCUGGACGGCAUGAGUAGCGGAGCCAGCAACAACAGUGUCAGCUCUACCGCCUCCGCUGAUCCCAAGUUUGCGGAAAAACUAACUAAGAAUGACACACUUUCGCGCCGCCAGCUAGCCGAGGCUACACUAGAGGCCAACCGUUCGCCUAGCGGACUGAAAGCCCUUACUCUGUGGAAUAAUAAUUUAAGCAAGGACUGCGCCACAGCUGUGGCUGAGCUGCUCCAGAAGACCAUUUCGCUGGAACUGCUUAAUAUUGGCAAGAAUUGUCUCUCUAACGAGUUCGUUUCAACCAUAAAGGACAGUUUGACAAAAAACACGACUCUGACAACGUUGGGGCUACAGAGUGCCCAUCUAAAUGCCAAGGGGAUUGAGACUCUGGCAUCCAUUCUCACCUUUGGUGGCAACAGCAAGCUCCAGCGUAUUGACAUUCGCGACAAUAAACUAGAGGUGGAAAGUCUGAAUAUAAUCGCCGAGGUGCUCAAAUCCAAUAAGACGCUCACGCAGAUUGACAUUAACGAUGAGCCCAAACGACUGACGAUCGGCAGCGAUGCGCACUUGGAUUACACAAGGGUGCUGGGCACCGUUCGCUCCUUGUGCUCGCGAAAUGAGAAGCGGCAGGCCCAGGAGCUGGCGGAGAAGACGGCGAACAUGGUCGGCGGAGGCAGCAAUGUGGGAGGCAGCCUUCCGAGCAUACGGUGUCGCGGCGGUUACUACUUGGGCUCGCGGAAGAUCUCGUUGACCUGCCACAGUCGCCCCUUUGUAGACGCGGCUACUGGCACGGUGACUGCAACGUCAACCGCGACCGCUGCAGCAACCGCCCUGCCCACACCGACUGCUCUGUUGGAGGUUAAGCGUGGACCACGUCUCCGCUCUCCGGGACCAAGUCCGCCCACUAUAUCGCCGUCGUCCUCGCCGAACCGCAGCCGCUUUCACGUUUCACGCGUGGCAGAAGUGGCCAGUCCACUGAUAUCGCCGCUGGCCCAGCAUCCGCCACCGCACACGCCGCGCUCGGCCAGUAGCUGCAUGUCCAUACCCACCAUUGGAUCGCCCAGUGGCAGUCAGAACAGCCUCAAUGCCGUUGGGGCCCUGCCGACCUCCAGUUCUCUGCCCGCCAUGGCAUCUGUUACCUCCUCGACGCAGACGAUUAAACGACUGUCGGUGUCACCUAGGUCUCGCUUUCAUGUGUCGCGCAUCUACGAGGAUCCCCAGGUGCCGAUGGCCAACCGGCAGAUGCCACCGAUUACGCCGCAUACGCCACCAAUUGAUCUACCACCCACGCCUAUGCUGAAGUCGGCAAGGAAGGCGGUCCUGCUGUCCGAGGCAGUGGAGGCGGCAGCUGCUGCCGUGCCAGUAAGCAGUGUGGUCAUUGUAGAGUCCAGCGAUAACACCGACGCACACAUAAGUACAAAAGCCGUAGAGGUAGCCGGGCAGAAGGUUUCUCCGCACCUGACCAUAUCACCCACCUCAAGUCAUUCAAGCUCAACUUCGCCCGGAAGCAGCAGCAGCGGGAGCAGUAGUAAUAGCAAUGGAAGCACGUCAACUUCCACCGAUGUUACAGACUCUGCAGCCUCUGGCCCAGAAGUUCCACAAAGGAUGUGUCCCCUGGCCGUGUUCGGCGAUAAUGACAUCACAUUGACCAAGGAAUCGGCCGGCGUGGUUGCUCUCUCUGCUGCUGCUGCGGCGAGCAAUACGAAUCCUGUUUCGAAAAGUGAAAUAGAACCGCUGCCGCCCGCCGAGCCCGUCAGCAACGCGCCACAGACGCGUGCUCGGAAAACAUCGUGGAUAGCCAAUCCGUCGGCGGUAGACAAGCUGCUUACAAUAUUCAACAUUGGCUCAUCGCCGGAACCCAAGGCCAGUCAAAUAAGUCACCUGCCCGCCGCCAACACGAUCACAAACAGUUCACAGAAUGCCACAGCGACAAGCGUCGUAGGAGGCGACUGCAGCUCUGCCACCAAUCCAAAUCCCAUUCUUUCGGUUGCGCGGAAAACUGCUCCAGCAUCGUGGGCCUCUCUGACCGGUAGCAACAUCUCCAACGCCAGCCAAAAUACGUCCUCAAGCGCGGAGACGGGAGGUUCUUCCUUUCUCGACACAGCCUCCAGACAGCUGAGGGAUUUUAGCAAGCAAGUCUUUCGCCAGAACCUCUCCUUUAACAACAGCGGCGAACAGGCAGCGUCCAGUGCAGCUCCUCAAAGCGAGAUGAGCACAGGGACGUCAGCUUCCAGCAGCACAGAGUCGCCAUCCCCGCCGGAGUGCAAUACAGCGUACAUCCCGCUCAGCCUGAAGCGUCAGCUAAAGGAAAACAUUUCACCGGAGCACACGAUCAACGAGGAAACGCUUCACACGCUACAGAAGCUAUCGAGAGCAGAGGAUGUGGCGCUGAAGGCGGAGGCUGUUACCGAACUGGGCGACAUUGAAAUUGUAAUGCACAGCGAGGUAGCCGAUUGCGUUCUGCCAGAGGAUACACAGCAAGAGCAGAAAGAGGAAACAUCUUCAAAUUAAAGGUUUUAAGGGGCCUAGGAUCAACUAAAUAUAUUUGGUGCGUAAAUACAUUGAAAUGCCUAACUACAUGGAAAGCAAAAUGAUGCGAAAUGUGAAAACACCCAACUCAAACGAUUAAAUCUAACACCCACCCAGCAUUCCCAUGGCUCUCCUACGUACUGUACCCCACCCGCCUUGAAAACUGGAUAGGAAGUCAAGGUUGAUAAUGAUAAUGAAAGUUUGGGUGUCCCCAAAUUCAACAAAAUAUGAUGAAGUACACAAGUUAUUACUAACUUUGUUUUAUUUUUGGUUAAAUUCAUUUUAAGUUUUAUAACACAAGAAAAUAUAAAUAUAUUUUAAUUAUACUUAUGGCAUACGAAUGCAAAUCUAAUGCUCAAUAUUCACUUCAAGAAAACUGCAUCUGAAAUAAGGAACUUAUGUUUCAUUAUUUUUGGUGACCUUUUUCUGAAGUGAGUACUGACCCAAGAACCGAUAUACUUUAAUGAAUGUAAAAUGUAAAAACAACAUUUUAAAUGUACACACAUAUAUCUAAACCAUAAAAACCUAUUGAAACACUAUUUGGCUUAGAGUGCCAUUAAUAGCUGGCUCUUAAAAAGUUGCAUAGGUUUCGGGAGCGAAAAUCAUGUGAAUGAAAAAUUUGUACUUACCGUUUCAAAUGAAUACUUACUGAAAAUUAACCAUAAUCAGAACACAGCCACCGGAAACACAUUGUUACUUAAGUUAAUAUUUACUAUACGAAAAGCACUAUUGUUACAAUUUAUUAAGGGAUAUUCUCCCGCCAUAGGAUUACUUAACACCUAUGUAUGUGCAAUUCUUUAUUUCUAUUCCUUCCCGCUUUCUCAACUCAAAUCUUAAGUGCAAACUAGAUCGGUUCAACUGAAGUAUUAUGAAUUGGAAGAACUUUCAAAACAACUGCAUACUUAAAUUAGGUACUUAAUCAGCUUACGAAUUGCCAAUAAUUUUGUAAUUAGCCCACCAGCUCUCAUGCUCGAAACAGAAGGAAGUCUUAAGUUCAAUGAUAUUGUGCAAUUAAUCGUACAUUCUUAUUUCACAACCCAAAACUUAACAACGGAAAUGAAGCGCAAACGAAAACAAAAGUACCCAAAAUAAAUCCAAUUGAUCUCAUUAUGUGAUAUUUGUCGUAGUGCCCAAAGCGUUCACUGUACGUGUAUCUAUAACCAAACCAUAUGAGUUAAGUACAGGGUGUGUACAUUCGAACACUUUUGCUCUAAGUAAACUUGCUCAAGUCAUCCCCAUCAACACCAAUGUGCUCCCUAAACCGUGCAACUUUUUAACAUGUCAGCCUUUAAUGGACCUACCUAAACGUUAUAGAUACAAUUUAAAUGCAACACACCCAUAUAGAUAUAUAUAAUAACAUGUAUACAUAUAUUUUGAUUCAUGGAAGAUCUUGUAAAUACCGCGUGUGUACUCUCUAUUGGAAAAUGGGGGGUCUAGACGAAGCUACACCGAGCUCCGAUAUAUUUUUUUUUGCUCUUUGUUAACGAUUUUUGUUUUUGUUUACUAUUUUAUUGUUUAAUACAUUAAGUGUAACAAUAUGGAUAUGUGUAUAUAUCUAUAUAUUAUGUACGUAUUUAAGUAGUCAAAAGCAAACCAAUUUUUCAAAUAAUUUCCAAAAUGUACCAAUCGAAAAUGUUUGAACGUAUCUUCUUCAGUUAAGUGGAAUUACUUAAAAAAUGUACUGUACUUAAUUUACAAAUGGAUAAUAUUUCUGGUGCUUACCGGUCGCUAGAAGUUUGCCUUAAACUAGUUCCCUAUUUUGGCCAUCUGAAUUCACGACCAAGCCCAUUGGAUAAUUUGUUUACACUCUUGAUCCGAAAUUUGUUUUUUUGUCAAUAGCUAUGAUUUUGUUUAACAUUGGCAAGUUAAGUACCUAUUUACAUAAUAUAAGUUUAUAAAUUAGAAAAAAAAACUACUAAACCGAAAAAUUUAUUGAAUAAACAUGAAAGUUGUAAUGAAA